GGGAGGGCCCGAGUUCAAUAUCCUGUACCAAAAAACAAAACAAAACAAAAACAAUGAGCUGGUUCCCUACCAUCCCUCAAAGGUGGCCGAUGGCUUUUGCUUUUAAAUCUCAUUAUAAACUUUGCAUCUAAGCAUUUUUCUUUCAGCCCCUUUUCUUUCCUGAUUGUCCCAUUUUUGGCCAGUAGGGGUCUCUUCAGCUCAGCUCCUGAGUUCCCAGAUACUCCCAGAAUUCUGUUCUAAAUUUAUCUUGUGGAUUUGCUGCCCCAGUCCCGGAAUCAGGCGUUUUUUAGCGGCAGCGAGCCCUGUUUCUCUUCAGAGGAAGAGCUAUUUACAGGCCACAACCUGCGUAUUAGAGGUGUUUGUUUUUACUGCUGCUUCUUGGUGGUUCUUUCUUAUUCUUCAGCCCAUUUCUAAAUCAUGUCCUUUUUAUAAAACUGUUACCUAAAUUUCUCCAUAUACUGAACAUGAAUGGAGCAAAUAAAAUUCACACUAACCAGAAAUAUACCAAAUUAUUUGCUGACUCGUUGCAUCCUAUAUGCAAGAAUACUCAUUUUCCAGGAAAGGAGGCCUGGAGCUGUGAAAAACUUAACAAAAGCAUUCAUUUUUAAAAAAGAAAUUUGAUAAAAUGGAAGAAUAUAAAUCUAUAAGAGAGAUUAAUGGUAUGUUAAAUACUAAAAAUAUUUUCCUCCCAACUGGUUGAGUUUAUGAUGUCGAAGAAUUUGCUCCAACAGGCUAACCAAAUUAAUCGCCCUAACACCAUUCACAUUUCCAUAUGCAUGUGACUUCUGUAACAAGAGGCUUAGCUGGGAUUAUUCCAUCUGACAUAGCCAUUCACUUCUGAAUGUUUUGUUCACAGAGAAGAUCUGGGAAUUGCAAGUGGUGCAGGGCCCAGCUAGGUGACCACACAGGACAGUGGUGAGGCCACUGGUUCUCAGGACUCGACACCCUCUUCCUACCACUGGGCAGCCUGCCUGGCCCUGUCGAGCCAUCUCCACAUUCCUAGGACAGGAUGAGUGCCCUGGAUGAUGUCCCCUUCAAGGUGCCCAGGGGCUUCGUGGUCAGCACAGAGCCUCUCGCUGAACUAGAGCUCAGUGUCUCGGCCUGCAGGGAGCUCCUGCUGGGUUCUAUGCAUGACUUUAGCCUGGAGAGGAAGGCGCUCUUCUGCACAGAGGCUGCCAUCCGAGGACACGGCCCCUACCAGUGCGGUGCCCUGGGCGCGGCGUCGGCCCCUCCGGCCUGGCUCUUGCUGCUCAGCCCAGACAGCGGCCUGGCACCCCCGCUUGCGGAGCCUGGACCCCAGGAGCCGCCCGGGGACGAGCAGGAGGCCGCCGCCGGGGAGGAGAAGGACGCCUCCUCCGCCAGCGAGGGCGAGCGGGACCCUGGCAGCUCGCGGCCCGGCUCCCCAGCCACCCCGGAACCCGCCCGUCGCCGCUCGCUGCUCGGCCGUUUGUCUGGGAGCAGCCUAGCCGCCCGGCCCCGCGCGUUGCUGCGCAGCUUCCGCGGCCACCAUGCGCGCAGCCUCUGUGGGGCGCCCGCACCCCCGGAGCCCGCGCCACAGCCCCCGCCGCCCGCCCCCGCACUGCCCCCGCGGCCCGCCACGGCUGGCGCCAUGGCCCCGCUGCGGAGCCACAAGCCCACGGUCUCGUCCCUCAGCCCGUACACCUGCCUGCCACCUCUUAGGGGGACACCCCAGCCUCUCAACUCCUACAGAUCACACCCUGAUUCUGCAGCUGACCUGCUAUCCGCCCUGAGCCAGGAGGAGCAGGAGCUCAUUGGGCCUGUGGUGGCCCUGGGAUACCCCCUGGGAAGGACCAUCGUGGCUCUGCAGAAGACGGGGAGGCAGAGCCUGAGCCAGUUUCUCGGCUACCUGAGCGCUCGGGAGAGGCUGCUGCAGCAGGGCUAUGAGGAGGGCCUGGUGGAUGAGGCCAUGGAACUGUUCCAGUACUCUGAGAGCAAGGCCGGGGAGUUCCUUCGCCUCUGGGAACAGUUCAGCGACAUGGGCUUCCAGCAGGAGCGGAUCAAGGAAGUGCUGCUGGUACACGGCAACCGUGGUGAGGAAGCCUUGGAGGAGCUGGUGGCCUGUGCCCAGUGACCACUGCAGCCCUCCACUGCUGGCAGCUGUCCUGUGUCAUGGAAACCAAACUGGACAAACAAAGCUACGCAAGUAAAAAGCACAAACAAUCCCAAGGUUGGGAGAAACACCACACCCAGCCAGCAGCGCUCCAGGAGAGGGAGGCGGGACUGAGCUUUUUGUACAAGCCUGGCACACUGCCUGUGUUCAGCUUUCUCUGUAUUAAUAGCUUUGCUUUUGAGAAAAUUAAAAAAAAAAAGAUAGGCAGUCCUUCCGAGUCCCAUAGGCUCCUGGUCUUGGGUAGAAAAAACAUCUUAACUGAGAAUCAGAAGCCUUACGUUCUGAUUUAGGUUCUGUGGAUGUCAGGCUCCAGGCUUCUUUGGGGCUCUGUUUCCCAAGGAAAAGUAGAAAAAUUUGAUCAGGUCAAAAUUUUCCAGACCUGGCCACUGCCCAUGACAUACUCUCAGAAAGGACAGCUUGGCAGCCUCUGGGGUUUUUGUUUUGUUGUUUGUUUGAGACAUAGUCUCAUUGGUAUGGGACUCAUGGAUUCAAGCAGUCAUCCUACCUUAGCCUACUGAGUACCUGGGACUGCAAGCACAGUCUCAGUUUUGUUUUGUUUUAUGUAAGAAGCUCUCUGAGGAUUCUUCACAAUGUAAUGGACCCAGGGCCAAUGUGUCUGGCUUUCUGGACCAGCCAGUUUAGGCCCCCUUCUGCUCUGACAAUCUGGGGUCCUCUGUCCUCUUUCAUCUUUUGGGAAGCUGGGAGGUUGGGAUCAGAGUAGUCUCCAGCUGCUUAACACCUCUUCUUUGGAGGGCCCUAAGGAUGGGAAGGGCCAGUUGCUGGAGUGGCCCAUGACUUGACCCAACAGAAGUCAGAUGCCAACACAUGGGUGCCCCUGAUUUCCCAGUGCCCAUGGGAAGGCCUUCGACAGCUUCCACAGAGUCCAGACCUCUCAACCACUCUACCUGCAAACGGGGGUGGGGUGGGGGGUGGGGGGCACUUCUACCUGGGGCCCAUGAAGUCACAAACAGAAACUCCCACAUUUCUCAGGGCCCAGACACCUUGUCUGAAUGUGUCACGGAGACUUCUGGGCCUGGCCCCGGUCUCCUGAGCCCCAUCCACGCCCUCUCAAUGUUUUCCACUAAGCCCCAGUGCCUGCCAACAUGAAAUCACAUGAAAGAUAUUCUUUGGCCUUCAGAUGUGCUUUGAAUAACUUUAAGGCAAUGCAGAACUAUUUGAGAAAAUCAGCAGGAUGGCAUAAAGUUGGUCAUGCGUCUGUUGCCAAAAAUAAAACUACCCUUGGAAAAAGACAGUAAAAUUAAAGUUCAAUUUCUAAGAUGGAGUUUUAGGGCCCAAGUUAUUUUGGUUCUGAUUAAAUUUACCUGGCCUCGGUCUACUGCCUUAUUAAGUCCCCUUAAUUAAGUCCCCUUCAUUAAGUUGCCAUAGAGGUGCCCAGGUGGCAGGCCUACAACCAGGCCACCACUCCCAUUCUCCUGCCACCUACAGCAGCCUUUCCAUCUCUAAAAAAGUAUUGCUUGAUUAAAAAUGAGACAGCACUGGACAGAUGGUUAGUUUAAAAUAUGUUUUAGGAGGCAGAAUAGUGUAGUUUGGAAGCAUGGAACCUGAAGUCAGAGCUGGGCUGAAACUAUAGCCUGUCACUAACUAGCUGUGUGACCUUUUGAAAGUUCCCCACCUUCUUUGUGCCUUAGUUACUUAUUCGUAAAAUACAGAUGCUGAGACUUUUCGAUUGUGCUUAGGGGGACAGCACACAGGAGCCUUGUGGCACUGUGUCUAAGCUACUUAUUUAGACGCAUUUAUAACCUUCCUCACUCUGUAGUCACUGUGAUCACCAUCUGCAUCUUCGAUACAGCUAACAGAUUUCUAGCCAGUGUGGUUGGGAUCCUCAGUAUCCCCCAAAGGCUUCUGUGUUGAAGGCUUGGUCCCUGGUGACAGCGAUCCUGGGAGGUGUGGGACCUUUAAGAGAUGGGGCCUGGGGGAAGGAAGUGGUGCAGGCCCUUGAAGGGGCUGUUGGUAUCCUGCUUCCUUCCCCUUUCUCUCUCUCUCUGCUUCCUGGGUGCUGUGAGGUGAGCAGCUUUGCUCUGCCACGCUCCAUGAUGUCUUGCCGCACCCCAAGACCCAGACAACCCAGCCGAGCAACCAUGGACUCUGGAAUUAACACCUGGGAGAAGCUCACCCUGUGACUCGGCUUCUCUGGUCUGGCUCGGGCACAGGACUCUGGAAGUGGCAUCUGGUGGAGCAGCUGUCUCCACAGCUAAUACAGGGAUCAGGUGGCUGCAGGAAGCAGCUGCAAGUGACACUCCAGAUACCUGACGGCAGCAGGCGAGAGACCUGAUAACCCCUGGAGGGGAGGCCAGGACAGCAGGAGAGGCCUGGCCCAGUGCAGCAAGAGGCACAGCUCCUGAUCCCUGAUCCCUGCUCUCCCUUCACCCUCUUAUGCUUUGUCUCUUCUGUGCCACCACAGUGCUUCCUCAGAGGCCCCAUACCAGCAUGAGUCCUGACUGUGACAGGACGGCUGUCUCUCUCAGAACCACUUCCAGCUGAGGCCCCAGGUUCCUUGUGUGGCUCCUCCCUGAGGCACAUGCAUGGUGUCCUCUGUCUACCUGGCCCUCUGACCCUUCUCUGAAGGAUCCCAUUGGUGACAUCGGGCCCCCUUGGUAAUCUGGGAUAAUCCGCCAUCCCAAGAGCCUUAACUUAAUCAUACCUGCAAAGCCCUUUUGGCCAGGUUCUGGGAAUUGGGCCUUUGGGAACCAUGAUUUGGCUUAUGACAGAGGGUCCAUGCCUCACCUCAGAUAAUACAAAACUCCUCUGGUA